UUGAGCCGCAAGGUAGAUUGUAUUGGAAUCUUGGUUCCUCUGACUCCCCUGCCCUGCUGUCUUGUUCCCCUGCAGCCUUCGUGAUGCCCAAGGCAGAGAAGUGUGUGAAGAACCACGUUCAGCCCUACAUCUCCUCCAUCCUGGACGCUCUGAUGAGCCCCACCAGCAGGGGCUUCUCCGAGGUGCGCGAGGUCUUCUUCCGCGAGAUCGUGGAGAUGAACAAGAACGUCAUCAACGAGGGGGGCCAGGAAAAGCUGGGCGAGUACAUGGAGAAGAUCUCGAUGCUGGCCUUUCACCCUGUGAAGAUGCAGAGCUGCUAUGAGAAGAUGGAUGAGCUGCAGCUGGAGGGUCUGCAGCAGAGGUUCGAUGUGUCCAGCCCUGCCGUGUUCGUGCAGCGCGCACAGAUCCUCAUGAGAGAGCAAAUGGACAAUGCGGUUUACACGUUCGAGCAGCUGCUGCACCAGAGUCUGGAGUCCUCGGCGGACAAGGAGGAUCUGUGCAAGGCCAUCCAGCGCAUCCAGGACAGAGUGAUCAAGAAAUACGACUACGACAGCAGCACGGUGAGGAAGAAGUUCUUCAGAGAGGCUCUCCUGCAGAUCAUUAUCCCCUACAUGCUCAAGAAGCUGGGCCCGUCCUGCAAAGCCGAGCUGCCCAAGUUUCAAGAGUUGAUUUUCGAGGAUUUCUCCAAGUUCAUCCUGGUGGAGAACAUCUUCGAGGAGGUGGUCCUCCAGUCCGUCAUGAAGGACAUCAUGCUGGCGGUGAAGGAGGCGGCGGUCCAGAGGAGGCACAACCUGUUCCGGGACAGCAUGGUCCUGACCAACAGCGACCCCAGCCUGCACCUGCUGGGAGACGGGCCCUCCAUCGACUGGGAGAGCCAGUACGGCGGGGCUCUGGAGGAGCCCGACUCCGCAGACCUGCCGGUCACUGAGAAGAGGCGGCGCAUGAAGCAGGUGGUGUCCAUGAUCCAGCUGGAGGGGAAUCCGCCACUGCCCCAUGAGUCCUGCCUGGAGGUGCCGACGGAGGAGGGAAUCCCCGAGGAACAGGAGCCAGAGGUGGGGGCUGAGCCAGAGGUGCCCACCUCCCCGGAUAGCAUCCACCAGAUCAGAGACUUGAUAAACCCAGUGGUCACGCUGGAAACCAGCGUCCCUGCAGCGGACAGCCCCCCGCUCACUAACGGAACUGUGUCCCAGCCUGGGCAAAAACAAGAAAGACAAGAGGAGCAGAAAGCGGACCAUGCCCUUGCCUGUUUGGAACAGCCCUCUUCAGUCACCUCCCACGACGACAGUGGCUUCCAGUCCCCAGCCAGGGAGGAGGCAGGGGAUGAGCAAGCUCAGCCAAUCACAAAAGACCCAGCCCCAGUGGGAGAAACCACUGUCGUGCUGGCCGAGGGGGAAGUGACUUUGGAUGCCAAGGUGGCGGAUCCCUCGAGUGACAGGGAGACUAGAGAGGAGGUAUCUGGGGAAACGAGUCCGGAAGAUCCUGGCUGUUAAGCAGAUUUAUAUAAAAAAUACAUGAAAAUAAAAAAGAAAUGGGAGGAAAUGUGUUCUUUUAAAAAAGGAAGAGGUAGAAAGGCUUUAUUUUAUUAUUGUGUUUGUUUUUUGUUUUUGUUUUUUUUCAAGAAGGGCACAGCAUUUAGGAGGGUGAAUUACAAGGAUUUUAAAUGGAGUGGUUUUGUUUUUCCACUAUUCGAUAAGCCAGUGCUUUAGUGAAGAUUAGCUAUGCUCGGCAUGAAGCUGAGUAUUGGGGCUGAUUCGCUGUGAAUAGGGCUGCUCUGGUGAUCUGCUGGGGAGCUGGAGAUCAGGUUUGCUCUGCUGAUUUGCCCAUUCAUACAUGUGUGUUAGUAACUGCUGGGGCUCUGCCACAUCUUUAAUACAUAGAGUACCCCCACAUGCACGCUAAGCCUGCUUUGUUAGUUGCUUGCAGUAAUUCUAUAAUACAUCUAAACAACGCCAAUAAGGACAUUCUUCAAUGGCAGGGUCAGUUUUGUAAGAAACAGAAUUUCGUUUUUUACAAAAAUGAUUAUUAUUAUUAUUAUUAUUAUUAUUAUUAUUAUUAUUAUUAUUGUUGUUAUUAUUAUUGACUGCACUCAAGCUGCUACAAGGAGUACAAAGGGGCACAGUGGUGUUAAGGGUUAAUGUGCAGGUCCAGCUGAUCAGAUUAGGGUAAAGACCUCCUUAAUGAUUUGAAAGGAGAUCUGACCAGCUGGUUGUAUAUUCUGCUACAUGACUUAGCAGCUCAGCGUUGCAGGGAUCGUGCAACGCAUAGGAAACUAAAUCGCUAGAAACAGACUUGCUAGACUGAUUCUCUUUUUGCUGUUUUACCUGGAGAGAUACCUGGUUUGAAGAGCACCUUUCCAGGUGAGCUCCUGCGGAGCCAGGCCAGCUGUGCGUGAAUCAUUUGGAUUUGCUGAUGAGUCCUCCUUGAAGAAAGUCGCUGUUGAUUUCUAACGAUCACCAAAACAUUAAAAUAACAACAAUCGCAUUAUUUUACAUGAAAUAAAAACAGUAAUCAACGUCUUUUAUAGUUUUGUUUUUGUUUAUAUGUAUAUUUAUGUAUAUUAUUUAAUUCUCUUUUUUUAUUCAAAAGUGUUUCAACGUUGGACCAGAUGUUUCAGAAUCGUUCCAUUGAAUUUGACCAGGGGUGUGAUCACCUGCUUGCGGCGUGCGUCAGCUUUGUGCGUGUGUCCUGUACCUGACUGCAGUUUGUCACAGAGCACUCCACAAAUAAAAUGAAGGCCUUGAUCACCCGGUAGAAACACAUUAAAAAUAGCUGGGGCAAGGGACCACUUAAAAUGUAACACACACACAUUCCCGUUACCGAAGCGAAAGACACCGGAAGAUUCAGGCAGGCUGUCGAAUAUGUUCAAGAUGGGAGAACGAUAUGUAACAAGCGGCUUUGUUUGUAGUAAAAUGAAACAAUAUUUCUUUGCACAUGUAUGAAGAUUGCUGAUUCCAGUUUUGCAAUAUAAUUCAAUCAAUGGUUAGUGGCCUCUUGGCUCGAAUGCAAAACCUUUCACCUAAUAAAUCGAAGCUGUAGUAUAAUUCUGGUUGCAGGACACUGCUUUGGGGCACCGUUUGCUUGUUAUAUAACACGUGUUUAUUUAUUUGUUUAAAGUCCAGGGGUCAAAUCGAGUGGAAUGGUUCUUUAUAAUGGACAAGAUCCUGGAUGGGACCUUGCCGUACUGUGUAUUGUGUAUCUUUUGUCCUCACUCCCCUGUUGUGAUAAUAAUGCAGUGUUUGCUUGAUCGCAAUGUCGAGUUCACGUUCGCGAUAAUGUCGCCUUUCUUAUUUGUGUUUGUUCUGUAUCACACACCAUGUGUUUUUUUUUUCCCAAUUGCUUCUUUUUUUUUUGGAAAGAUUCAAGCUGUUCACCUGUUUUAUAAUAUUUGUUAACCUCUUGUGACUGCCCUUUAAAAAACACUAUUAAAUAUGUCAUACAAGUAUACCUAUAAUAAAUGGUUCCCCUUGUA